AUGUCGCAGUCCCACAUCGCCCGGAUCAUGCACGACGCGCUGCACCGCGGCGUGCAGCGGGACAACGACGAGUUGUUGCAGCUCAGACAGCAGCCAGAGUUUUUCUCCGCCGAAAACAAAACGUACGCAGUAAAUUUGCUCGCAUACGCGCUUGGCCACCUGCCAGCAACAUGCGCUACCAGCUUUGAGCAGUGGAAGCACUCCGAUCAGUUGGUUACCGAUCGGAAACUGCACAAAUCACUGGCCGCCCUCGUCGAUCGUAUGCCGACGCUCGAGUUUCAACUCAUCCCACUGGUGCUGAUACAGCGCGAUCAAAUCAAUGCUUCGUUUUUGCUGCGAAUACGCAAAACACCGGGCGCUUUCGACUCCUUCAUGUAUCUUGAUCUGACCGGUCGGAAGUAUGAUCAGUUUGGCCAGUUUCUCACCGCAAACAAGCUUCCAGAGUGCACGUUGUGGUAUCCGGCCGACGGACAGUUGCAGUAUGCACGCAAUCCGACCGACGAUUCCCGCUUGGCACCGUCGCUGGUGAUCGAAUGUCGCAAAAUAACGCGCACCAGCGACGUGUGGCAGGAGCUAACGAUGGUCGGCGGUGCGGUUGCAUCGCUGUUCGCUUUUACGCCGGUCGGUGCUUCGUUGGCCAUUCCGCUCACAUUCAUGGGGAGCAUGUUUUCGCUCACGGAUCUGGUGGACAGCUGUAAGCACGAUCCGGCCAGUGGAAUAGCUAGACGCGCGUUCGCACUAACGCUCAACCUGACCACCUUCGCGAGCGUCGGUCUAACGGCAGCCUGUCGGGUGGAAAAGUUGAGCCGUCUGCUGCCAGCGGAAAAGUUACUUCAACUCGAACGGGCCAAAAAUUUCCUCUCCGGAACCUUGCGGACCGUCACUACCGGUGGUGCUAUCCUAGCGGUAAUUGGCACGGUUGGCGGCUGGCAAACCCUAUCCAACGGUGAGUGGAUGGAAAUGGCUGCUCUGCUCUGUUUCGCCUACCGGGAGAAUUUCAACAAAACGAUCGCCAUACGUCUAUUCGAAAAAAUGCAAUGGAACGGGGUGUUUAAUUUCUUCAAAAACCUAUGCGCCAACGUACCGAUCGGCGUGCUGCGCACGCAGCUAAAACAACCGUGGUUCGAUGGUAUGCUAAAGUUUGUGGUCGAUUUUCUAAGCAACGGUAUUCAGUUUACGGUGGACGACAGUUUCACCACGAUUACGGUCUUCGGCUAUCAGCUCCAGUUUGAUACACUGUUCAAAAUUAAUUGGUCUCAGCUGCGAACCUUGCUCGUGUUUCUGCAAUCGUUCACGACCAACAUCGGUGCAGCCGCCGACAGCGUGAAGCAGAAACGAUGGACACAAACGCAUGUAGACGAUGUGCAGAAGCUGCUGCUGCUCGUAGGUCAACUGGGCGACGUUUGCUGCAAAAUGCUGGCCGAUUACAUUACGCUCGGACACGGCCAUCGCUUUACUCUCGGUACCGUGCGUACCUUCCUUACUGCUGACAAGCUGAACAAGACGAAAUUGUUGCGAACACUUGCUUCACUCAAUUCGACCGCUACGGACGCAUUAAACGAGAUGCGAGAAUCAGGCCACAUUAAGGGUGGUGAUCCGAAGCUAUUGCAAUGGCUUGCGCAGCAUAAAGCUUCGAGCUACGGUACCGCACUUGGUGCGCUGCUUGCGGUCGGGGCAAAGACACCGGCCGAAAAGUUAAAAUCGUGUCCGAUCACAUUCGAUGACGAGCAGCGUAUCGUCGUCAGUCCGCUGCUUGCCUUUAGUGCGCAAGAUUUCCUUGCCGUGCCCGAGAGCCGUCGCGACAUCCUGCUGGGCGAUGAACGUUUCCUGCGCCUUUGUUACGAUGCAGAUAAGCAGCUGUUGCUUCCACGUGCCACCCGUGUGUGGUUACACACAUGCGGCAGUGACACCGACGCCAUCCAUUACCUUGAAACGGUCGGACUGCUCAAGCAGCUGUUCGAACGGGCCGGUGGACCGGUAUCGCUAGCGGUCGCGCUGGAUUAUGCGCUCGAUUUCGAGGCCACACCGGUCGUGCCACAGGUUUACUACAGCAUUCUCAGCUCUUGGGCCCAAUUGAUCGUCGCACAAUCAGCACCGUUAAGCAAGCGAACGAUGCAGUCACGGUUUGUGCAGCUGAUGGCGGACGCGAAAUCACUCGGUAUGGCACGAUACAUCUCGGCGCCGGUUCCAGAGAAACUUGACGUACACGAUAACGACUCCAUGAUCAGGCUGGCACGUGAGAUGAUCCAGAAGCAGGCGGUUGUUGCGGGUGAUACGGACUGUAUGAUUCCUUUCGGGCCCAUCGAACGGGCUGCAUGCUGGUUGGGGUUGAGUCCUGCCAUGCGCGGUCUUGCCGUUCGGCAACGCUUCCUGCAAUUGGCUGUGGUGGUGGUGACAGAGGGUUCGGGCCGUGCGUUGGAACUACCAGCUGAAAACGUCCAGAGCACGCAAACGGUUAAUAUGCGGCGGCUGAUGUUUUCAAACAAUGGCUAUAAGGUCAUAGUGGAAGUAAAGAUCCCUGGGGACGAUAAUGUAUAUGUUUCAUUUUAUCUCGUCAGCAACACAAUAAUUAAAAGUGAAUAA